AUGGCUACCGGUGGAGUGGAUUGGGAUGGAUCGUUUACUCAUCAGCAUGAUUGGCGAGAUGCAAAUUCUGCCAUGAUUGAACUAGAAAAGGGCCUUCGCUCAUCCAAUAUUGGUGAACAAUGUGAAGCGAUUGUUCGCUUUCCGAAAUUGUUUGAAAAGUUUCCUUUUCCUAUCCUCGUCAAUUCGGCGUUUAUGAAAUUAACCGAUUUAUUUUAUUCAGGGAGUAAUUUUCUACGCCUUUGCAUUUUACAAGUUACUAAAGACAGUCGAAAACAUUUAGGAAAGAUUUUAAAUGUUGAAGAUUGUGUUCGACGUUUAUAUUCUGUCAUGUUAAGUAAUGAUCCUGUUGCAAGAGCAAUCACUUUAAGAGUGUUUGGAAAUAUUGCUUCCAUUAUCGCCGAGCACAAGAAUAUUCACCAUAGCAUACAACAUAGCCUAGACUCUCACGACCAUAUUGAAUUGGAAGGUGCUAUUCUCGCUUCUUACCGACUUAGUGCAGAAUCGGCGACUUUUGCUUCCGCAAUCUGUAGUAAAAUCGCAAAUAUGAUCCAAGGAAUGGGCACAUCCAUAGAAGUGAAAAUAAAAAUGAUUCGCAUACUACGUUACAUGCAUCACGAUGAAGAAUCGAUAUCCAAGGCGCGUCAGUUGUGUCACACGCUUUUAAUUGCGUAUCCUGGCUCCAAUUUUGUAAAGAUUACUCUCCACGUUUUAUCUUUACUAUCUAUUAAAUCAGUAUUAGACAUUUCUCAUCAGAUUUCCUUCUUAUUGAAUUACUUAAAAUCGGAUCAAAGAUUAGAGAUUCGUAGAAUAGCUAUUCAAGAUUUAAGAUUAUUUGCUAGAAAAGUGCCUCAUAUGUGGAAUAAGGAAGAUAUUCAGGGAUUAUGUGAGAUCCUUCUAUCCUUUCCUCAGCAAGAGAUUCAAAUACUUAUUUUGCGAACCUUAGUGAUACUGGCUCAUUCUGUAGCGGUAAAAUGCAUGGCAGAAUGCGAAGGUAUGUGA